ACUAUCAGGUUAUCUGAUUGGCCACCUCUACUUACGAGCUCUGGGGCCUAACGCACGACUCUCUCUCACUCUACCCGUUCAAUUCCCGCUGCCGUACCGCCGACCAGAGACGCCGACCAGGAAGCCGACGCCGUCCAUCGCCGCUGUCUCUCUCCCUCUCGUUGCCGUUCAUCUGUCCCGGUAGCUGAAGUAGAGAAACCGCCCGUCAGUCCGUCCGCUCAUCUCCGCCGACCAGAGCAGCGCCGUGACUCGCCGUCGACUCAAGGGGGGUUCCGGCCGACGUUAUCCUCUUCUUCCUCCGUCGCGCGCAGCUGGCCGGCGAAACCAGGGAAAGAUUUGCAGCCGCGAGUUUCCCCGAUUGAAGUUGAAUUCGUCUUUUUUGAGAGAACGUCGCUUUGUGUAAUUAUUAUACAAGAUGACGAGUGAAGGAGUUGAACAAGAGCAAGAAAAUUUGUUCCCUGAUGGUUUCAAUUCCAACUAUCUCAAAGUUUACUAUGUGUUAAUUUAUGUUCUAUACUUAAUUGAUGCCAUAAGCUUCAUGCCACCGACUUCAACAUAGCUGGGAUUAAGGAAGGCUUUUUCCAUAUGCUGAUAUGUUUAAAUGGCUGUCAUAUGGAAAUGAUGGAAAGCAUCCUGGAUGUGAUCAGUCAUACUUUGGGCGUAGAGAGUUUUCCUUCACCUUAGAUAAUAACAUAUAUCUGCGUUUUCAAUCAUUCAACAAUGCCUCUGAUUUGGAAAAAGCCAUCAAGGAGAAGUGUCCAUUCAAAAUUGAUAUUGGAGCCAUUUAUAAUGUGGAUCCUGCAAAAAGGCAUGCCUAUGCACAAGGCGAUAACAAUUUCACGCCAACUGAGAAAGAGCUGGUCUUUGAUAUUGAUAUAUCAGACUAUGAUGAUGUUAGGUAUUGCUGCAAGGAAGCUAAUGUUUGCUCUAAAUGCUGGCCACUGAUGACAGUUGCUAUUAAAGUCAUUGACACUUCACUUAGAGAGGAUUUUGGAUUCAAUCACAUUCUCUGGGUGUACAGUGGUCGGCGUGGUGUCCAUUGUUGGGUUUGUGAUGCCAAAGCUAGAAGGUUGAAUAAUGAACAAAGGGCUGCUAUUGCUGAUUAUUUUCGUGUCUACAAGGGAAACGAGAAUAGCAAUCGAAAAGUUUCUUUCAUGGGUCCUACACUUCAUCCUUUCCUUGUGAGAUCAUACACAGAUGUCUUGAAGGAUUUUUUUGAGAACAAAUAUCUUUUGAGUCAAAAUUUGUUCUCAAGCCAGGAAAGUUGUGAGGAGAUACUGAAAAUGGUUCCCGAUGAGCAUAUUGUAUCUGAGCUCCGAUCAAGGUGGCAGGAAAAGGGGCGCGUGAAAGAUGAUAUUAAUGUUUACAGAUGGGAACAACUAAAACGUAUGCUGCAAUCUGGUAAACAAAAGGCUCACGGUAUUCGUAGGUGUGUUGAAGAGAUAGUGUUUUCUUUUACGUACCCUAGACUUGAUAUGGAGGUUUCCAGAAAAAUGAAUCAUUUAUUGAAAGCACCAUUCUGCGUGCACCCCCAAACAGGCCGUGUCUGCAUUCCUAUUGACCCAAAUGAAUGCGAUGAAUUUGACCCCUCUGCUGUGCCAACUCUUUCACAACUUCUUGGAGAACUUAACAGGGGAGGUUCUAGAGCUGAGAUGGAUAAUGAAUGGGACCGAACGUCGCUCGGGAAAUCAAUCAGAUAUUUCAGGCAAUCCUUCUUGCAGCCAUUGCUAAAAUCUUGCAAGGACGAUAUAGAACGUAGUCACAGCACGAAACUUCAAAACGGAAAGAAUGUGUUGAGCUGGUAGUUUUAAUGUUCCUGAGGUCUAUAAAACAGGAAGACAGAUCUAUCUGCUUUGUAAUGUGUAUUAUAUGAUUGGGUAAUAUUUGGGUUGUCUGUAAUAUGCCCUUUAGAUUAUUUUUUUCCAGACAUGCAUAGAAAGUGGGCAAAGUCUACAUGUUAUAACUGUGAGCUUGCAAUUUGCAUUUUUUUAUUUAUUAACAGAACCCUACUUUUUUUGUACUUAGCUGCAAGUAUUAUAUUCUCUUCUCGGAUUUUUUUUAAAUUUGUUGUCAUAAAUUUAUACUUCCUCU